AUCGCAUACAGUCAUGAACUCCUGGUCUCCUCAGGAAGCAGGCCUUCGUGAAAUCCUGCAAACCAUUCACGAGUCUACAGAUACAGAAAAUGUUGCCGUCCAGCGUAACAUCACUCAUAAACUGAACAACUUUACGCGCGCGCCAGACUACAUUGCCUAUCUGGCAUACAUUCUCGCCUCACUCGUCCAAGAGGAGGAUCGCAUCAGAACCAUCGCGGGCUACCUGCUGAAGAACAACGCGCGCCUCGCCCUUCGCUCUUCUCCUGAAGUAAUCGAGUUUGUCAAGGCUUCCAUCCUUCAUGCCUUCAAUGAUUCAAACGCGAUGAUUCGCAAUGCGGCGGGUCAGGAUAUAGUCGCGUUCUUAGGCAUUCUAGAGCCCAAGCAGUGGCCCGAGUGUUUAAUGCGACUUGUAGCUUUAUUGGAUACCACGGAUGGGCAACAGCAAGAGUCCGCCUUCAAUGUCCUAGAAAGGGCCUGUGAAGAUUAUCCACGCAAACUGGACGUGGAAAUUAAUGGGACGUUCCCUCUGAACUUCAUGAUCCCCAAGUUCCUUCUAUUGACAGAACAUCCGAACUCAAAGAUCCGUUCGCAUGCAGUCGCGUGUCUGUCGUUCUUCGUACCCACGAACGCACAGGCGCUUUAUGCUCACAUCGACACAUUUAUUGCUUGCCUCUUCAAGCGCGCCUCCGAUGAGGAUCCUGCUGUUCGUCGUCACGUAUGCCAGGCACUCGUAUUACUCCUCGCAUCAAGACCAGACAAACUCAUGCCUGAGCUGGGGAACGUCGCAGAAUACAUGCUGUACUCGACAAAAGAUAGGAAUGAGAAUGUAGCGCUGGAAGCAUGCGAAUUCUGGCUGACCUUCGCAGAGGAUCCGGAUUUGGUCGAUUACUUGCGACCGCUUUUGCCCAGAGUCGCUCCGGUACUUCUCGAUUGCAUGGUCUACGGCGAGGACGAUUUGCUAUGGCUGGAAGGAGAUGCGGAGGAUGCGGCAGUUCCUGACAAGGACACGGAUAUCAAACCGCGACACUAUGGCGGGAAGUCCCACGGUUUAUCGCGUGAAGGGUUGGACGGAGAUACGAACGGCGCAGACCCAUCGAAGAAACUUGGCGCAUAUGGCGAAGAACAGCUCGAUUCCGACGAAGAUUAUGACGAUAUGGAUGAAGACGACUUUGCUGAUGAGAUGGCGACGGAGUGGAACUUGCGUAAAUGCGCUGCGGCGGCACUGGAUGUUUUAGCUGUACGCUUCGGGCCGCAAUUACUGGGCGUCUUGCUGGAGCCGUUGAAGGGCAAACUAUGGAAUACCGACUGGUUACUGAGGGAGAGUGCGGUCUUGGCACUCGGGGCUGUUGCAGAAGGUUGUAUAGAAGCAAUCGAGCCGCAUCUGCCUAUGCUUAUUCCAUACUUAAUCAGCAACUUGAAUGAUCCCAAGCCACUUGUCAGAUCUAUCACUUGCUGGACGCUUGGGCGCUAUGCGGGUUGGUGUGUCAACGGACAGACUGAAGAUCAUAAGAACCAGUUUUUCAUUCCCACAUUGGAAGGCCUACUGCGCAUGGUUUUGGACACCAAUAAGCGUGUUCAGGAAGCCGGAUGCAGCGCCUUCGCUACAUUCGAGGAAGACGCUGGACCAGAGCUCGCUCCUUACUUGGAGCCUGUGCUACGCAAUCUCGUUUUUGCGUUCGAACGAUACCAGCACAAGAACAUGCUCAUAUUGUACGAUGCAAUCGGGACGUUGGCAGACGCUGUUGGGUCUGCGUUGCAGCAUCCGUUGUAUGUUGAAAUCUUGAUGCCACCGUUGACCACCAAAUGGUCGAAAUUGAAGGACGAUGAUGACGAUCUCAUACCACUUUUAGAGUGUCUCGCCUCUGUUACGAUCGCCAUGGGACCUGCCUUCCUUCCCUAUGCGGGCCCUGUGUUCGAUCGCUGCCUCAACAUCGCGAGGACAUCUAUCGUUCAAUAUCAAACGUACCAACAAAACCCAGAGCUCGACGAGCCUGACAAAACCUUCCUCGUGGUUGCUUUGGAUCUACUUUCCGGUCUUACUCAAGGCCUCGGCAUGUCACUCCAACCCUUCAUCGAAAAUGGGCAACCGAACUUGUUUCAGUUGUUGACCAUGUGUUUGAGACAUCCUCAGGCGCCUGUUAGGCAAUCGGCUUAUGCUCUCAUUGGCGAUCUAGCAAUUGCCUGCUUCCCGCUCCUGCAGCCGCAUAUGGAGACAGUUAUGCAAGAUUUGAUUGUGCAGCUUGACCCCGAACCUAAGGUUGAGUUCAUCAGCGCUUGCAAUAAUGCUGCAUGGGCUGUAGGUGAGAUUUCGCUGCGUUGUGGUCCAGAUGACCCCAUGUUCCAACAAUGGGUGAACCUUCUCAUUUCUCGUUUGAUUCCUAUCCUUCUUCAUCCGAAGGCGCCACGCAGUCUGCACGAAAACGCGGCUGUUUCAAUAGGCCGAAUUGGAUUCAUGCAUCCCGGUAUGGUCGCACCGCUACUUCCCGAUUUUGCACAGGCCUGGUGUCAAGCGCUAUUCGAGAUUCGUGACAACGAGGAGAAGGAUUCGGCUUUCCGGGGAUUGUGCACUCUUGUGCGCGUAAACCCUAUGGGUAUUGCGAAGAGUCUCCUUUGGUUUUGUAAUGCGAUUGUGCGGUGGAAUGCCCCAUCUCCGGAGCUGAACGCGAUGUUCCAGGAUAUCCUAGUCGGUUUCAAGAACCACGAUGCUGCAGGAUGGCAGGCUUCGGUGUCGACGUUCCCGCCUGCGAUACAGGAACGUCUAGCAGAACGCUAUGGGGUAUGAAGGUGCUAUUGAUGCAUCCCCGAACAAAACUUCAUGGAGUAUUGAUAUUGACCGCUCGUUCUCCGAGGCGUCACCUAUGUUUUCAACCCUGUUAUGAUUCUCGUUCGUCACUAUCUUGUGCUCAUAGCUCUUGUUGAUCGAUUGAUCACCGUUCCCUUUCAAUCCCCUUUCAAAUUCGGCAUCUGGAUCUUUACAUACUGUACCUUGUCCUGUCUCACUGAAUUGUCGUUCAGCAUCUUUUGUUUUUAGUAGUUACAAACUGUCUCGGUCUCGUCUUGCAUACUUAGUACGUACAACUGAUAUCUGAAUCUCCAAUCCAUUUGCCACAAGUAGUUACAAGUCUCCUUCCACCCCUCCCCGUAGCAUUAGGUAGCAUGGUCUCCCCUCAUCGUAGUGACAACCUCGUGACGUAUUUUGAAAACUUCCAAGGGUACUUACUUACGUGCUAAACUUCC